CAGCAGCUCAAGAUGAGAGAUUCUCUCUGAAUGACAACAAAUCAGCUCAGAUCUUCACCGUCACCAUCACUGAUCUGAGAACAGAGGAUCGAGGCCAAUACUGGUGUGGAGUAAAGACAGGAGUUGGAAAUUAUGAUUAUAACAGAGAUUUACCUGGAAAUUAAACAUGGAAGCAGCACGUCUCUCUGUGAGAAAUCAGCUAUCAAAGUUUCAUCAGAGAACAACAGAAAUGGACGAUUCUCUCUGAGAGAUGAUGCAUCUGCAGGAGUUUUCACUGUGAACAUCACUGAUCUGACAGAAGAGGAUUCUGGGAUAUACUGGUGUGGAGCUGUACAGAGAAGACAACAGCACAAGAACAAGUGGAUUUCAGUCAUUGAUCUGAACAUUUCUGCCCCCGCAUCAGAGAGGAUGCCACCUAAACCAACAACAUCAUCAUAUUACACCAGCAAACCAGCAGCAACAAAUACUGCAUCCAACAGACCCAUCACAUCUUCAUCAUCAGUGAUAAUGUUUUUCUCAAAGACUGCGGAUGCAGCGUCGCCGAAACCACAACCUGGUUUCACAUCAAUCAUUAUGCUGUCAGUUAUGGGGAUAUUGAUGGUGUUUGGAUUCCUAGUGUUUAUUUUCUUCAGAUGCACACAAAAGAAAGAAGCAGUGCGGCUGAGAGGUGACGUUCAUGUCUUGGCUGAAAAUCUGUCCACUAAAGAAGCCACUCAUACUGUCUGUCAUUAUGAAGAGAUCAUUUGCACAGAUGACCAUUCUGGCUACAGUUUGGCCCUUCCUGUAUUUGAUGAACGUGACUCCUAUAAUACUCUCACCUAUUCCACCAUCACAUUUCAAAAUACAAACUAUUCAGACAGGACUUCAGACGGGCCAGAAACAAGCGACUCUGCAACUCUUAGUCCAUAAAAGACUGUGACGAUUCAUGGACACCAGGUUGAUUAACAGUUAUACUGUUUGGUUACAGAUCUGAAUCUGAUGGACUUUUGUUUAUUCCAUGUCAACGAGCCUUCGAGUCUUGUAAAACAAUAAACCAAACCAAGUACAUUGUGAAGAAUUCAAAAAGUGGAGAAAGCAAACGUUUCCUAAACAUAUUUGUCAAGUUGUUUAUAAAUCUGUCUGUCCACUUAAAAUAAAGUGGUACUAUUAUUUUGUCUGGUUAAAUAAAAUAUAGGAAUAUGGAAUAAUAUUGCUAUGUUCACACUGUGAGUUUUUGAGAUUGUCAACCACAUUUACUUACUGGUUUGAGUCUAAAAAUGUCCUGGACAUGCAAUAGCCUCUCUAAUGAACGAGUAACCAAAUUCAAACCCUUAUCAUCUGUAACCAUGACGACAGUGGCUAAAGUAAUAUAAAAGAUGGUGACGUAAAUAAAGCUGUAAAGUCUUAUCAUAUCUACCACAACAAAAGUCCAGCUGAGGCACAAGUUCAUCCACCAGACCGUUUUUAAACUUGAGUUAAAAAGAAUUUGAGUCGCCUGCAGACCAAAAAAAAUGGCGAGAACAGCUCCAGCGGAAGGCUUUAGCUGCAUUCCAUUUACCUCAGAAGUCGGAUCUGAUAAUGACUUCACACCCAAGUGGACUAUGUUCUUCUAGUGAAGUCAGAAAUCCAAGAUGGACGUGUCCAUUGUUAGCAAUGCCAGUCGAUUGAA